AUGCCUGCCUCGGUUGCACCUACCAUAUUCAUCAUCCAUCAUAUGACUUCAUUCAUCUCGACCGUCUAUCCACCUAGAUCAACCAUCCAUCUCGAUCCCAACUACUCUGACCGUGGCGGGCUCCAGCUUCAGGACAAUCGGCAGACUGGUUAUGCCUCCUUCAUCACUCCAUCUCGAUCAAACAUCCACCUCAAUCGUCCAUCCACCGCUUCGACCAUCCACCUCAAUCCCAACUACUCUGACCGUGGCGGGCUCCGGCCUCAGGACAAUCGGCAGACUAGUUGCAACCACUUCGAUCAUCCAUCCACCGCUCCAAUCAACCGCCUCGACCAACCAUUCACCUCGCUCUCAACCAGUCUGACCGUGGCGGGCUUCGACUUCAGGACAAUCGGCAGACUGGUUGCAACCCCUUCAUCAUCCACCCCGAUCAACCAUCCACCGCUUCGAUUAUCAUCCAUCUGGAUCUCAACCAGUCUGAUCGUGGCGGGCUUUAGCUUCAGGACAAUCGGUAGACUGGUUGCAACCCGUUCAUCAUCCAACCCGAUCAACCAUCCACCGCUUCGAUUAUCAUCCACUUCAAUCUCAACCAGUCUGACCGUGGCGAGCUUCGGCUUCAGGACAAUCGGCAGACUGGUUCUACCCCCUUCGAUCAUCCCACUAAAUCAACCGUCCAUCUCAAUCGUCCAUCCACCGCUUCGAUCACCCACUUCAAUCUCAACCAGUCUGACCGUGGCGGGCUUCGGCUUCAGGACAAUCGGCAGACUGGUUCUACCACCUUCGAUCGUCCAGCCACCAAUCCUACCAUCCACCUCGAUCAUCCACCUCGCUCCAACUACUCUGACCGUGGCGGGCUCCGGCUUCAGGACAAUCGGCAGAGUAGUUACAACCUCCAUCCAUGCUUCACUAAACUACCUCGAUCAACCACCCCCUCGAUUAUGA